AUGCCGCACGUCUUUUCCAACUUCUCAACUCCUUCUUCUUCAACCCGACAUCAACACAACUACAACAACAUGGAAGACUCUACCAAGCGUGGGUUGAUACAACAACUGGCCAUGUUGCAAAACACCUCAAAGCAUAGCCCGGACUCUCCUCUCCCUGACUGCAAGACACCUGGGACAGGCGACCAGAUGAUCUAUCCGAAUGCGCCACUUCAACCAACACCAUCUGGUUCUCCAGUACUAUCGGCGUAUCACCUUGGCCAACCAUCGCCGAGUGCACAAACACACCUGGAAGCAUCUACUAUGGCCACGCCCAGCACACAAAACUCCAAGAUCUACUCUCCAAGCUCUCUCAGCGCUCAAAUCACGCCCAUCUACUCUCCAAAUCUCGCCAACGCCCAUAGCAUCGCAAGCAUCUCUCCCUAUAUGAACGCUUCUCAUCAGAACACUUCCUCGCCAUCACAGUACAGACAGCCAACCUUGCAGUCUCCUUAUCAACCGACGCAACGAUCGCUGCCACCUGGUCUGACUUCGUCACCUUCUUUUGGCAGCACAAGUCAGGGUGCGCGUCACUUCAACACCGACCCACUGCAGAGACACUACCCUCAAACUCAACCAUCACAUGUCCAACGUAGUCGCGGUCUAAAUCAGGCGCGCCAUCAUCCUUAUGGCUCACCACCGAACCGCGGUUCUCACACUCCUCAGGCGCUUCCGCAGGGCACGUCACAACCUCAACCACGUGCUGGUACCUCGACUCCUCAGUAUGUGUACUCUGAGCGCCCGGAAAGCUCUCGUGUAUAUAACGGGAACCUCGUCUCGUCACUUCCUCACGGUCUGACGUCGUCGAGAGUUCUGGAAGGCGUACAACAACCACAUCGCCGUAAUGGUUCACAGAUCCUUUCGACGAGCAGUCCUACGACCUCAAACCCUCUUCCUCAUGGUCCGCCGCAUUUUUCUCUUCCGCCUGGUGCAUCACAGCCUUCUCUAUCAUCUCAACCAUCUCAAGGGUCACUCUCCAACAAUUUCGUCUCGAUGUCCCAUUCUUCUCCCGCGGACAAGUCACAACCUCUUCCUUCCCUCAGUGCAUCACAGCCCCACAUCCGCGUUAUGCCUCAGGCUCUCCAGCCAAAACUUCCCCAAGCUCCGUCACCCCCUCAAGAACAGCCGAAACCUCGCGUGUGGGCAGAGUGGCUAGAGCCCGUCUCAGAUUUCGAAGUAAACCUUCAAGCACAGCCUUACGAAGAAGGCUCUAUUGAAAAACAGAGAGCACUCCUCGAAAGGAUCCGAAGACAUUCCCUAGGCAAGCUUCGCGCACACGAAUUCCUCGAGUAUGUGACCCUGGGAUACAACGUAUUAUUUGAGCCACGAAAGGUCAGGGUGUACGAUUUCUAUAUAAUGCAAGCGCUAUUGUUCAACGGGGACUUCGUCUUACUGGUAUCCUCAAGGACCAAGAAGUCUCCGAACAUUGAGCCGCCGCAGAGCAUCUUGCAUUCGUACGACCUGUCGAAAUACCGUCACCAUGCAGAGAUCGAGCUUCACAUGCACACAGUACUCAACCGCAUCACCAACCUUAUACCCGAUGAACUCGUCCUCUGUCCCGGUUGCGAGCGUCACGACUUGGCAAUUCAGGCCACCAAUGACAAAGGCCACGUGCAGUAUGGAUGGUCGACCACACUGUGCUACGAGGUCAAGAUGAGCGACAUCAUGCCCAAGCUCCACAAUCUCAGUGCAGAAUUCAAGGCGCAUUCAAUUCACAAGAAUCACAUUAAGGAUGUCAAAAACAUGGAUCCUUUAUGGAAGGCUAAUAUCCUCGAGAUUUUCAAGGCCAGGAAAGAGAAUGAGGAUUCUCUCCGGAACAUGGAGAAGACAUGGUGUUAA